AUGUCUCCGCUCCUGGGCAACAGCACGUCCCUCGAACAGGCUACUGCGCAUUACGCAUCGGAAUCCAUUGGCUCUCUUGUUGUCUUCAUCCUUGUCUUCAUAAUAGGUAUCCCAGGCAAUGGUUUGGUGAUCUGGGUGGCUGGCCUGAAGAUGAAGAGAUCCGUGAACAUUGUCUGGUUCCUAAAUCUGGCUGUGGCUGAUUUCAUGUGCUGCUUGUCUUUGCCGUUUUUCAUCGUUCAUCUGAUCCUCCAUGAACACUGGCCAUACGGCUGGUUCCUCUGCAAAGUAAUUCCCUCGGUCAUCAUAUUCACCAUGUUUGCUAGUGUUUUCCUCCUCAUGGCCAUCAGCAUUGAUCGGUGCCUCCUCGUGAUGAAACCUGUCUGGUGUCAAAAUCAUCGAACGGUGAAGUUUAUAUCACUAAUGUGCAGUGGCAUUUGGAUUCUGGCCUUGAUUUUCAGCUGUCCUGUCUUUCACUACCGUGAGACUAUCACUUACAAUGGCAAAACUCAGUGUGGGUACAAUUUUGGAGACGAUAAAAUGCUAGAUUAUAUGGAUAGCGAUGGUCUUGCAAAUGAAUCACUGGAAGAAUACUCAUCUUUAAUACCAACUGGCACCUAUGACCACACCAUCUUCCUUCAUCAGUCUGUUGAUGAUUUUCCAGACUUCCAGACAGAGAGUGUAUCUAUGAACAAAGACACAAUCACAACAUCCCACAUUCGCUAUUCUGCAGUACCGGGCAACGUUAAUUCGCUGUUGACUUCCACUGCCUCUCCUGACAUGAAGCUGUUGGAAUCUCCUAGCGGUCUGCCUAGUGCAGACACGUCUGCACUGCCCAACACUGAUCUCCGUUCAAACCCACCCCAUCUUCCUGAUGGUUUGCUGAAUUUUGACAAUGUGUACAGUGGUGAUGACUUAUUAGGAAACUUCUAUGACGAUGAUGGUUUUUCACCCCUCCCGUUAGUGGUCAUAACCAUCACCAGGGCCAUCUUUGGCUUCCUCCUCCCCUUCAGCAUCAUGGCAGUGUGCUAUGCCCUUAUUGCUUUCAGGAUGCACACCACUCAGCUUCACAAGCAACGCAGCAAGAUGCUGCGCGUCAUCUUGCUUGUGAUAACUGCAUUCUUCGUCUGUUGGGCUCCCUACCACGUAGUUGGGAUCCUGUCCUUCGUAUCUCUUCCUGGAACAGAACUGAGGGAGUCUCUGGUCUUCUGGGAUCAACUCUCUACAGCACUGGCGUAUGUUAACAGCUGCAUCAACCCCCUGCUUUAUGUUUUUGUGGGGCAGGACUUCAGGGCAAAGGCACGGCAAUCCCUGCAGGGAAUCUUGGAAGGUGCCUUUGUUGAGGAACUAACACACACAACCCCUUACACCCUUGACAAAAGCAAGACAUCGUCAGAUAAGGAUGCUAGCAGCACAGUCUAA